GAACAGGGUGCACAAUAUGCUGGGACCCUCGCUGGAUGGAGGCGCUGAUCCUCGACCAAAGGCCAGGGGUCGUCCGCAGAGGAUCCUGCUGGGCAUGUGGCCCGAGGAACUCAUCCGCAGCGUCAUCAAGGCGGUGGUCUUCAGGGACUAUCGCGAGAUCAAGGAGGACAUGGGCGCCCACCAGUAUGCCAAUGGACAGGGUCAUACUUCUUAUAUUGGCGGCGGAACCACUUCGAAUGGCUAUCACAGUGCAGCGGCGGCCAAGAUGGCGGCCCAGAAUGCUUCUUUAGCUCCUCCAGAUGCAGGAAGUCCUCUGAGUUCCAUGACGGAGACCCUGCGUCGCCAGAUCCUCUCACAGCAACAACAGCAGCAACAGCAGCACCACCAGCAACAGUCGCACCACCAGCAGCAACCCUCGUCGCACCACCAACAGCAGUCGCCCCACGGACAGUCGAUGAAUAUGUAUAAAUCACCGGCUUAUCUGCAGAGAUCCGAGAUCGAAGAUCAAGUAUCCGCAGCGGCGGCCGUGGCAGCGGCGGCGGCUAAAAAUCAGCAAAGGGGUUCGGAAAAUCUCCCGGAUCUGAGUGCCCUGGGUUUGAUGGGUCUUCCCGGGCUGAAUGUGAUGCCCUCGCGAGGAUCGGGCGGCGGAAGUGGAGGUGCUGCUCCGAAUAGUGCCGCUUCCUAUGCCCGCGAGCUGUCCCGCGAAAGGGAGCGCGACAGGGAGAGGGAGCGGGAGAGAGAGCUUUCCCGGCAAUAUGGCAGCCAGUCGAGGGGAUCGAGUUCCGGUUCCGGCAGUGCCAAAUCCCUGACAGCCAGCCAAAGACCCGGAGCCGCCUCCCCCUACUCCGCCGCCCACUAUGCCAAACAUCAGGCGAGUGCCUAUAACAAGAGGUUCUUGGAGAGCCUGCCCGCCGGCAUUGAUUUCGAGGCCAUUGCCAACGGGCUGCUGCAGAAGUCGGUGAACAAGAGCCCGCGCUUCGAGGACUUCUUCCCGGGGCCCGGCCAGGAUAUGAGCGAACUCUUCGCCAAUCCCGAUGCGGCUGCAGCUGCUGCGGCGGCAGCGGCCUAUGCGCCUCCCGGCGGAGCAGGUGGAAACGGAGGAGGAGGAGCCAUCCGCGAGUCGCCGCUCAUGAAGAUCAAGCUGGAGCAGCAGCAUGCCACCGAACUGCCGCACGAGGAUUGAAUCCUGGGCAGGGGCGCAGGCCCCAGGGGGGAUGCUCACUCUUUAGGGUGGGCCCAUUAUUAGGUGAACCAAAAGAAAAAAGAGCGAUAAAAGGGGGUGCUAAGUAAUCCUUGGAUCAAGAGUAAGUAAUUAUGAUUUUAGUUAUCAAUUUUAGUUUGUAAAAUAUAUGCGUUUAAAAGGGAGUUACAUUUAUGACUGAUAUAAUAAAAAAUAAAAGAAUAAUUAGUGGAAUAAAAUACACAUUUCACUCUAACAAAUAUCAGUUUUGGCUUAGGUUUUAUUCCCUAGAAAAAUAGCCCAAAAUGUCCAAAGAUUACUGGCUUCUAAAAAAACAUUGGCCCACCCUAAAACCCAAAAAUAUACAACAUUUGGACUGCAACUUGAACCCCAACGUUUUUAGUGUCUAGUGCUUAGUUGAAGUUGCUAACUGGUUUGUACGCCUAGGCUAGUUUUAGGGCGUAACAAGAGAGGAUGGUAUAAAGUAUUAACCUAUUAUUAAAGCACACCCCAAAAUACAACACAAAACCCAACACACACACAUACAUACUUCGGAACUUUCCUGUAAGGAUAGGAUCUCGUAAUUUGUCUUAUUUAUUUUCGAGAGAAUUCGUUGCGUUGAUUGCCUUUUUUGCCACGCGAAAAGUAAUAAUAAUAAAAAUAGGUUUAACGAUUAACAAUAAACAGUAAAACGUAACCGUAAAAUAAUUAAAGUUACGAUUAGAGACUUGUGCAUUUCUUAAAUGUAGCUUAACCCUAGAAUAGUUCACAAAUACAAAAACACACACUGAAUGUUGUCAAAUCCGGUAAUUACAACUUUAUAUAUAUAAACAUACGCAAAUACUUUAGAUAUACAUAAACCCCAAAACACACAGAUAGAAGUGCAUACCCAUACGCACGUACGCAUAUACUUAUAUUAAUGGUAUUUCCAAAUGUAACUGUAAAUAAUGUACAAAUUUCCAUAGCUUUAGGCUUUGACUUAAUCUUAGACUUACCUACCCCCAAAAUACCCC